AAGUGAUUGUUGAAAGCACUUUGUCCUCGCUCUACCUCGUCACUUCUCAGAAAAGCUGGUUCGAAUCCUGCUGCAUUUCUUGGAAACCUCUAGACUAAGGAUACUAAACCCGUGUAACUAAGUUUCCAAAGCCUUUUGCGAAAAAAAAAAAAAAAAAAGGUUUCCAAAGCCUUUAGCUUUCCGUGUCUUUAUUGCCAUCCCAUCCCAGGUACAUCACAAUCCCAACUCUGGAAUUUAUAAUAUUCAUAAUUAACAACUUGAGUUCAACUAGUUUUGCUUACUAAAUACACUCAAUACAGAAUGGAGAAUUUGGGAGUGCAAAAAUGGGUGUAUGGGUUGGCGUUUUUCAUGAUUCUUUUGAGAGCAGAAGGCUUCUUUGUGGAUAUCACUUAUGUUCAGAGUGCUGUGGCAAAAGGAGCAGUGUGUCUGGAUGGAAGUCCACCAGCCUACCAUUUUGACCCAGGAUCUGGAGAAGGAAUUAACAAUUGGUUAAUCCAUUUUGAGGGAGGAGCGUGGUGCAAUAAUGUCACUACUUGCCUUGCUCGUAAGGAAACUCGAUUGGGGUCUUCAACGAAAAUGGUAAAGCAGGUUGCUUUUUCAGGGCUCCUGGGUAACCAUCCCAAGAGGAAUCCCGACUUCUACAACUGGAACCGAAUCAAGGUUAGGUAUUGUGAUGGAUCAUCGUUUACUGGGGAUGUUGAGGCAGUAAACCCGAAAACCAAUCUUCACUUCAGAGGUGCAAGAGUGUUUGUCGCUGUUAUAGAAGACUUAUUAGCCAAAGGAAUGAAGAAUGCAAAAAAUGCUAUAAUUUCUGGAUGUUCUGCGGGAGGAUUGACUUCAAUAUUGCACUGUGACAAAUUUAAAACUCUCCUCCCAGCGAGUACUAAAGUAAAAUGUCUUGCAGAUGCGGGUUACUUCAUUAACGCGAUGGAUGUUUCUCGUGCGGCACAUAUUGAACAGUUCUACAAUGAUGUUGUUACAACGCAUGGGUCAGCCAAGAAUUUGCCUACUUCGUGUACAUCAAAGAUGAAUCCGGGAUUGUGUUUUUUCCCGCAAAAUAUGGCACCAACUAUUCAGACGCCUCUGUUCCUAGUCAAUGCAGCUUAUGAUUCCUGGCAGAUAAAGAACAUCUUGGUUCCCGGGGUUGCUGAUCCCCACGGGACAUGGCAUAGCUGCAAGCUUGACAUAUUGAAAUGCUCUGAUAGUCAGCUUGGCAUAAUGCAAGGUUUCAGGCUGGAGUUCCUCAAGGCAUUAGGUGCAGUAGCCAAUUCUCCGUCGAGAGGAUUCUUCAUCAACUCGUGCUACGCCCACUGUCAGACCGAAGUCCAGGAGACAUGGCACAGGGACGACUCUCCUAUGUUGGCUGGCAAGAGCAUUGCCAACGCAGUUGGAGACUGGUACUACGACAGAACCCCAUUCCAGAAGAUCGAUUGCCCUUAUCCUUGUGACAAAACAUGCCACAAUCGCGUAUUCGAAUAAGCCUUCUUUGGGAACCUUUUACUCCAAGUAGUGAAGAUUCCCAGAAGGAGAUGUGGGAAAGUGUUUGUUGUUGUUGAUGAUGAUGAUAUAUCUCAAGUGUUCAGAAUAAAGGAAUCACACCAUUGCAGAGGUAUCUUGGUGUCUUGUCUCUAAUCCUCAAAUUUGUACCUUAAUAAUUGUAAUUGAGUAGUACUUGUUUCAAUGGUAUCCUGCCUACAAGUUAGGAGAUUUGGAUACAAUGAAGAGGAAAGGAAAAUGUUAUUUGUAAUUUUUAAUCCAAUCAACUUUAGCACAAAAAUAAUAUAAUGGCCUUACUAUUUUAGAAAA